AUGAGCUACGCUUCAGAUCACUUAGCUUGGUAAUAAAGAGUAGGAUAAGAAAGAACUGCUGCUUUCAAGUUUAACUAGACACAUAGAAACUUUGGUUAACAAAGACUUUCCAACUCCAAAAAGUUCUAAUUUACUGAUAAAAACGGUGCUCCAGUAAUGAAUGGAUAACAUUCUCACAAUACUCCAAGAAUUCAGAAUAAACAAGCUUAUACCUUUGGGGGUUAAACAAACAUUGCCUAAAGCCCAUUAUAUGAGAAUCCUAUGCUAAAGGGUACUCUUCAUGACGAUCCACAGGGGGGUUCUUUACCAAAAUCUUUUUAUUCAAAGCAAGCAUAUGUCAAAAGACAAAAGAGUUCAUCUGCUUUGUCUACCAAGUCAAGCUAAGUAUCAAAGAACUUUAAGACGUUCUACCCACCUAAUUACGAUAAGGAUGCUGGCCAUAUGCAAAAAUUACCCAAAAUCUAAAGAUUUAACGAGGAAAUUGAUACUCUUAGUGUUGUUUCUAAAAGCAGACCAUAAGAUGCUUAACAACCCUUGACAAGCUUGCUAUCAAAAGCAAAGUCAAGUCAAAACAUUAUGAUGAGUCAGGUUCUGAAGAAUCAUAAUCAAAAUAAUGAUAAUCUUCUAUCACAGCAACAACUUCAAACUUUGAACCAUUUAGCAGAUGGAUAAGAACCUAUAAAUGAGGAUGACAGAGAGCAUCAAAGUGAAUUAUAUGAUGAUAUCAACUCAUUGUAUGAUAUGGAAAACCCAAAAGGUGCCGAUGAUGAUGAGAAAAGAUCUGUAUACUCAAGUGUUAGUAAAGCCAGAUCAAAUGUUAGUAAAAAAUCUUAAGUUAUAAUAACUAGUCUUGAGAAGCAACUCAACGAGGAAAGAGAAGCUAGAAGAAGACUCGAAGAAGAAUUAAACAGCAUCAAGCAGCUCAGUUUAUAGCUACUAAAGAAUUCUAAGAAAGAUUAAUGA